GUCAUUUCAUAACGCCUUUCAUUUCUGAAAAUUACAAAUUGUAUACUUGAAAUAUGAGUGUUACUGGAAUUAAAGUAAUCAUUUUUGUUUUCAAAAUUAUAACAAUUAUACAGAUAUGUUUAACAGAACAAAAUCUCAAACAUAAAGCUCGCAUAAACUAUAAAGUUAAAAAUGAACAUGUUUUGGACGAAAUAGAUGCACGAAGUCUAGCUGGCUGCUUGAUUUAUUGUUCGAACCAGCAAAAUUGUAUUACGGCGUCAUUUAAAUCGCCAAGAGAAAGAUGUUUGUUGUCGUCGUAUAAUACAAUUUGUGACAGCGGAAGUGGACAUGCUUUUCUGACAGGAAUCGUGUACGCAGAGGGAUGGACUACUAUGACAAACAUAAAAUACCCAAACACUACGAUGUGUCCGGAUGGAUGGACAUACUUCAAGAAUUCAUGCUACUUGUUUGCUAGUAAUGAUCUUAAAUUCUACGAAGCUCAGUGCUAUUGCAGUCAGUUUGAAGCUGAUCUUGUGAACAUAGAAGAUUCUGUUGAAAAUGAAUUUGUUAGAGGUAUUCUGAUGACCUUAGAAG